AUGAAUUGCAAAGUAUUCCUUUUCAUGCUCUUGAGACGCAUCAUCCUGUACGCACAGCCGGUGGGUGAUGUUUGGGAUGAGGAAACACGUCUGCGCAUGGAAGCGCGUGCAAAGUACCUGGAAUGGGAGAGGAUUCGGCUGGAGCACGAGGUGAAGCAGCUCACCCUGAAGCAGAUGCAGCUCUUGCAGCUCUCAGCUGUUGCUGUGCUCCUGGUACUUGUCUUGGUCCUAUGGUGUAUUGGGUGGAAAAAGAGCCAGAGGAGAGAGGAGUUUGAAGAAGGAAACAAUGAUGCCAAUGAAGAGGAAGUCAGAAAUGUGGGUGCAAAUGAAGAAGAUGUUGGAAAUGAAGAAGACAAUGCGAAUGGGGAGGAAGACAACAAUGACGACGGCAAUGUAGAGGAUGUUGGCAGCGUUGCUGCAAAUGAAGAAGGCAACGCUGGAAAUGAAGAGGACGCUGGUAAUGCUGCUGUGAAUGAAGAAGAUGAUUUUGGAAACCAAGUGGCCAAUGAGGCUGCAAAUGGAGAAAACCAUGAUGUGGCCAAUGUCGUUCAGGGAGAAGAGAAUGAUUUUGAUGAUGACAUUGGAAGAACUACAAUGGAGCGCAUACAGUGGCCUGUACAGGACCUGCAGGCAGGCUGUGAGUGGACAGCUGGCCUCAUGGACAAUUAUACAGUUUAUUUUGGACAUGUCCUAUCAAACAGUUUCUACCCAGUCCUGCAACGAGCCAUCGGGGUGGGCAGUGCCUUUGAAGGUUGGAGUCCCCGUGAGCAGGAUGUUGUGUAUCGUGUGCUCAUACCCAUGACUCCUCCCCGAGGCCACAGCUUCCACCUGGAGCUGGACUCUGCAGGGCAGAGGCACGUGAGGAACUUCCGUGUCCGCGUGCAGCUGGAGUGCACCUGCACGAGGGAGCAGCAGGGUGAGAACAUGCUCUGCUUCCUGCACCACCCCCAGGAGGAGCUGAGGAGCAAUCAGGAUCCCAGCCUCCUAGACACCCUGUGCACUGACUCCUACCUCGACGUGCACAAAACUGCCCGCUGGUUCCACCAAGUGGUGCGAGCAAUCUGGCCAGCUUUGCCUCAGUCACACAAUUGGCAUUUAACGCUGCUGCCCUCCACACGCUCCUGCCAAUUCAAGGUGACCAAUGGCAGAGAAAGCUUCAGGAUUGAGAUGCUGUUUGGGGUGCGGAGAGAUGACUCAGACAUCUUUGUGAGCAGCGAGCCUAGAGAGGCCCUCACCCCAAGCACAACCUGGCCUGAGUCUUAUGCUGUGGCAGAGAUGAAGUUCUUCGAGCACAUCGCCCGGCAGGCCCCCCCUGACAGUUCGCACCUCAAAUGCCUGCAGUUCUUCACCCGUCUUCAGCUGGGCUUCAGCUUUCCUACCUAUGCCAUGAAGACCAUUGUUAUGCACCUGCUCAAUGUCAUACCCGUGUCAUCGUGGCGCAGGAGAGAUUUCCUGAUGCGGCUGCUGGAUAUCAGCGAGAGCCUGCGCUUAAGUGUGCAAGCAAAACACCUCAACCACUUCAUUGUGGGUAACCGGAGGCUUCCUCGGGACAUCAGUGUACCCAGAGAUGUUCGAAUGGGCAAGACACACAAUAUCUUCCAUCACCUGGCGCAGCACUCGGCCGCCCACACACAGGCAAUGAGUGAGUACCAGGUUCUGCAAGAGUGGUUCAAAGGAAUUCUUCUCGGUGAAGGCUGA